AUGCCGUUUAGUUCGCUGUGUUUGCUGUUCAUCUUUGCAGUAUUUAUAAAGAUUGAAGUAUUUUGUGGGAAUUCGAGAGAAUUGAGAGACACAAGCCGCCGACUCAGAACUCAAAUAACUGAACAUUUCAGUGAGAAUCGGCAUCAUGACGUCAAUCCUACAAACAAAGACAAUGUUAGAAAUUAUAUCAAAGAGGCGAUGGAAGGAAGUAAUCUUGAAAUUGAACUUCAACAUUUCUCCUCAUCGUAUGAAGGAACAAAUAUCAUCGGCGUUCUCCCAGGACUGUUGAGAGGGACGGCUGAUGAUCAAGUUAUCCUCCUGGGGGCGCACUACGACUCUGUGGAAUCCACUCCGGGCGUUGAUGAUAAUGGAUCUGGGAUGGCCGUCCUUUUAGAAGUAGCUGCUGUGAUUACCAGCAGACCACAGGAAAUAUGCAUUGGAAGUCAGUACUUUGUGCAGAAAUGGCUGCUCCCUUUCCUGGCAAAUGGUGAUGAUGUAGUAAAUAGUCUCUUCCAGGGCGCCCUCAUCAUAGAGACGGCGAUGAAUUACAACAAUACUGACAAUUCUCAAAACGUUCCAUAUGGAUUUCAGCAAAUCUUUCCAGAAACUUAUACUAAUAUUCAGAACCGUGGUUUUCGUGGUGAUUUCCUCAACGUCAUCGGCAGAAGGACGGAUGCUGACUUCAGCGACAAGUUUGUGGAACAUCUUGCCAAGAUCAAUCACACACAACCGGUGUUUUACGCCGAAAUAAUUAAAAUACCAACAGAUGGUGUACCUACUGAAUACGAGAAGGGUGUAUAUGCAGACUUGUUUAGAAGUGAUCAUCAGCGAUUUUGGGGAGUUGGACCACCGUAUCUAAAUGCAUUGUUCAUAACCGAUUCAGCCAAUUUCCGAUCUUCGAUGGACGCCUGUUAUCACCAGGAGUGUGAUAAUCUGGCACUAAUUACGGAUGAUAAUCUGUUAUUUCUUGCUAUGACAACGAAAGCUGCGACUACAAUGCCCAGUUGGCUCUCGAACAUCGCCAGAAUCCCAGAGGCAAGUUCGGUACCCAGUGAGGAUAUACCCACAAAGGACCCCACAACAGGCCUCAUAGAAGAACUAGGCUCCAGGCACACGACCAUUGCCGACACGAUCAAGCAGACCCCAGCCUGCAACAACAGGCUGCAAGGAUGCUCUCCAGUCAGGG